GGACUGUCAAUACUGUGCUUGAGGAAUUUGAAAAGGCUUAAGGUGGAGUUGUCUUUUCUAGUUUCUAAAGAAAAUGUUGAUGUUGUACUUAAAGAUUUGAUAGCUACGAGUGCUAAUUGCAGUAAAGGUAUGAAAAUUCAUCCUAUAAAGCUUCAAGUACAUGGUUAUUCAGUUUUUCUUAAAAGACAAAUAAUUCCUUAUGGUCUUCGAGAAGCAGUAGAUAAGACUUUAAACGAUUUGUGUGAGAAACGCAUAAUUGAACCAAUUCAGUCUUCAGCAUGGGGUACUCCUAUCGUUACGCCACUGAAGGCGGACGGCAAGCCCCUAGAAUUUGUGGUGACUAGUUUAAUUCUGAACUCCCGUUUGUUGAAACAAACGUGCACGACGGUAGAAGCUGAAGAUAUUCUAAAUCGACUUCAUGGUUCUAAAGUGUUCUCGAAAGUUGACCUAAAAGAUGCUUAUCUUCAAAUUCCUUUAGAUGAAUCUUCAUCUGUUUUGACGACAAUUAACACUCCUUUUGGUCUGUUCAAAUGCAAUUUCCUUCCAUUUGGUCUAAGUUGUUCUCCAGCCAUAUUUCAGGAAGUUAUGAAUAAAGUAGUUAGUGAUCUUGAAGGUGUUGAAGCUUAUCAAGAUGAUCUCAUUGUUCAUGGUUCUAAUAAGGCAGUUCAUGACCAGAGACUUAUUGCUUUAUUGCGUCGUUUAAUUGAGAAGAAUAUUACAGUGGAUCCAAAUAAGUGUUCAUUUUGUUUAUCUAGUUUUGAAUGCCUUGGAUACCUAGUUGAUGGUAAUGGUUUUAGAUCAGAUAUGAAACGACUAGCUCCACUGUCAAAUGCACCGUCUCCGAAAAAUCUUACGGAAUUACGUUCACUAGUGGGUGCUCUUCAAUACUAUUCCCGUUUUAUUCAUAAUUAUUCUUGUCGUGAAAAUUGUUUAUUUAAUAUUUUAACAUCCAAUUCAUUCAAAUGGAGUGAGGAACAAGAGUCAUGCUUACGAAGUCUGCAGAAGUUUCUUCAAAGUGAUGCUGUUCUUCGAACGUACUCCCCUAAUGUACAUUCUGUGCUUAUUACUGAUGCAUCACCUGUGGGAAUUGUUGCAGUUUUGAAACAGGAAGGUAGACCAGUUAUUUGUGUUUCACGCAAACUUACUGUUUCUGAACAAGGCUAUUCACAGACUCAGAGAAAAGCAUUAGCUGUUUUUUGGGCUGUUAAAAGACUUCAUAAAUAUUUAUUCGGAAAGAAAUUCACUAUUGUUACUGAUCAUGAAGCUUUAAAGUUUAUUUAUCAUCCCGAAAAAUCCUUAGCACGUUCCUCAGCAGCUACGGUUCAGCGACGGAGUAUUGCUUUGAGUGCAUAUGACUAUACGGUUCAGCACAGAAGUGCCAAACAGAUUCAACAUGUUGAUUACAUUUCUCGACAGUCAUUACAAGAUAAACCUAUUAAUACUUCGGAUUGUUUGUUAGUGCAACCUUUACCAGUGAGACGUUCAGAUCUCAUUAGAGAAACUCGUAGAUAUUUUGGAUGUAUACUCAGUGCUAUAAGGAAAGGUUGGAAUGCUUAUUUGAAACGGAGAUUUCCUAUCUAUUUUUCAAAGCGGGAUGAGCUAUCUACUACUCCUGAUGGUAUUCUGUGUUUAGAUGAUCGUGUUGUCAUUCUUCCUUCAUUGCGUAAAUCUGUUCUUAAAGAUCUUCAUAGUGGUCAUUUAGGUGUUGAGAAAAUGAAGCCCUUGGCAAGGCUCAUAUGCCGGUGGCCAGAGAUAAAUGCAGAUAUAUGUCGUACGGCAAACAAUUGUGAGAAAUGUCAUCAGUUGAAAAAUCAUCCUUCGAGGUGGAUGCCAUGGCCAGUAUCGUCCGAGACCUGGCAGAGAAUUCAUGCUGACUAUUGUGGACCAUUUCUUGGUAAAUACUACGAAGUAGUAGUUAUUGAUUCUUUUUCAAAGUGGCCUGAAGUUUUUUUCACAACUUCACCAAAUUCUGAUUUCACGAUACAAGCAUUAAGGAAGGUGUUUAGUCGAGAAGAGGUUCCCAUGGUUCGGUAACUGAUAAUGGCUCACAUUUUGCUGCAGAUGCAGUCACUACCUGGUUGAACGGUAUAGAGUGCAAACAUCUGUUCACUGCUCCCAGACAUCCGUGUUCUAAUGGUCAGGCAGAGAAUUUUGUUAGGACAUUAAAGACUGCUAUUGAUUCUAUAGCCCCCUCAACAUUUAAUGAGCUGGAGAGGGGAGUAAAUACCUUUCUAUUGCAAUAUAGAAAUGCCAGACAUUCGGUGACAAAGGAGACUCCAGCGAAGCUAUUGAAAGGAAGAAUUCUUCGGUCGAAUAUGAGAUGUUUGGAGUCUGCAGAAGUUACAUACUAUCGAGGAAAUGAUCUUCGACCAUCUACGGGUAUUGUUCUGCAGAAUGUCGGAAAAUCGAUGGUGAGAAUUCUAGACAUCGAUGACUUAAGUACACACAGUCGAUAUGUAGAUCAAAUACAAUUUCAGGUACCAGGUGAGUCAGUUCCAAUUUUGAUUGUUAAUUCUAAUGCUAAUGAGCAUAUUCUAGAUAAUACAGAAUUCUUAUCCAAUACAAUGUCAGACAGACUCAGGAUGAAUUUGAAAAGAAGACGUACGAUUGAUUACAAACACCUAGACUCCAAUAAAAGCUGUGGCGGAUGUGGUGUCUGAAUUAACUAAUGAUUCUUUUGUACUUGUUGAAUGCUCGAUUUCGAAUUCCAAAUACAAUACAUCCGUUUGUGGUUG